AUGGCGGCGGCCGCGCCCAGGGAGCCGCCUCAGGACAGUGUGACAUUUGAAGAUGUGGCUGUGUACUUCUCCUGGGAGGAAUGGGGUCUUCUUGAUGAGGCUCAGAGACGCCUAUACCAUGAUGUGAUGCUGGAGAUCUUUGCACUUGUGACCACCCUGGGUUGCUGGCAUGGAGCAGAGGAUGGGAAGGCACCUUCAGAGCAGGCUGCUUCUAUAGGAGUGUCACAGGUCAGGACUCACCAUGCAGGCUCACAUCCCCAGAAGGCACACCUCUGUGGGAUAUGUUGUCUGGUCUUAAAAGACAUUUUGGGUGUGGCUCUGCAUCAGAGAACACGUCCGCAGUUGAGAUCUUACACAUGUAGGAAACAAGUCUGUUUCACUGCAAACCUUCACCAGCAUGGGAAGCAGCAUAGUGGAGAGAAACUGUUGAAAUGGGCUUCAUUUGUGAAGAGCUGCAGGUCCCAUGUGUCAGGGAAGUCCUUUACCAAUGGGGAGGUUGAUAAGGAUUUCCUCACCAGUUCAGGCCAGCACCAGCACCAGGCCACUCAUAAUGGGCAGAAACCACACAGUUGCACCGUGUGUGGGGAAGCUAUUCACAGUGGGAAGAGCCGUUGCAGUUGGUGUGAAUGCAAGAAAACCUUUAGCCACAAAUACACUCUUGCUGAACGCCUGAGUGUCUGCACUGGAGAAAGGCCUUAUGAGUGCAGUGAAUGUGGGAAAUCCUUCACCCGAAGGUUUAACCUCUUCCAGCAUCAGAAAGUCCACACCGGAGAAAGGCCCUAUAAAUGCAAUGAAUGUGGGAAAUUCUUCACUCACAUCUCCAGUUUCAUUCAACACCAGAGAAUUCACACUGGGGCAAAGCCUUAUAAAUGCAGCAGAUGUGGGAAAUUCUUUGGCCAGAGCUCCAGCCUUAUUGUACACAAGAGAGUUCACACUGGAGAAAAGCCUUAUGAGUGCAGUGAAUGUGGAAAAUCCUUUAGCCAAAGCUCCAGUCUCAUUAAACAUCAGAGAGUUCACACUGGAGUGAGGCCUUAUAAGUGCAGUGAAUGUGGAAAAUGUUUUGGUGACACCUCCAGCCUCAUUAAACACCGUAGAGUUCACACUGGAGAGAAACCUUAUGAGUGCAGGGAAUGUGGGAAAUUUUUUAGCCAAAGUUCUGGCCUCAUUCAACACCAGAGAGUUCACAGUGGAGAAAGACCUUAUGAGUGUAAGAUAUGUGGGAAAUCCUUUACCCGCAACUCUGACCUCAUUCAACACAAAAGGGUUCACGCUGGAGAGAGGCCUCAUGAGUGCAGGGAAUGUGGAGAAUUCUUCAGUGACACCCAGUUUGCUCAACACCAAAAAAUUCACAUCAGAAAAAGGUCUCAUGAGUGCAACAAAUGUGCAAAAGCUUUCAGCCGAAGGUCUAACCUCAUUAGACACCAGAAAGUUUACCACCACACGGAAAGGCCAUAUGUGUGCAGCAAAUGUGGGAAAGCCUUCAGUCAGUGGUCUGCCGUGAUUCAGCACCAGAAAGUUCACAAUGCAGAUCGGCUUUAUGAGUGCAGUGAAUGUGGGAAAGCCUUUAGCCGAAGGUGUAACCUCAUCCGACACAAAAAAGUCCACACUGGAGAGAGACCUCAUGAGUGCAGUGAAUGUGGGAAAGCCUUCAGCCGAAAGUCUCACCUCAUUGGGCACCAGAAAGUUCACACAGCAAAGCCAUAG